AUGUGUGGCAUCUUUGGCUUCUACUUCUACGAUGUGCGGCACAGCCACCAGGAGAUCCUGAACACGCUGUUUGACGGCCUGCGGCGGCUGGAGUACCGCGGCUACGACUCGGCGGGCGUGUCGAUCGACUGGCCGGUGCAGGCCGAGGGCGAGGCCGCGCCCUCCACCAAGCCCGUGGUCAUCAAGGCCAAGGGCAAGGUGGACGACCUGGUGAAGCUGGUCAGCGAGGAGAUCAAGGGCUUCCCCUUUGACCCCAAGGCCCAGGUCAAGGCGCACGCCGGCAUCGCGCACACGCGGUGGGCCACCCACGGCCCGCCCUGCGCCCGCAACUCCCACCCCCACGUCUCCUCCCCCGACCACGAGUUCGUGGUGGUGCACAACGGCACCAUCACCAACUUCCGCGCCCUCAAGGAGUUCCUGAUGAAGGAGGGCGAGACGUUUGAGAGCGACACCGACACGGAGGUCAUCCCCAAGCUGUGCAAGUUCCUGUACAGGUUGGGCCCACACAGGGGCAGCUACAUGGUGCGCCGCUCCCUGAAGCUGAACGACCAGAUCAAGCAGCUGGCGGCGGACCUGAAGGAGGAGCAGUCGUGCCUGAUGUUUGGGCGCGGCCGCAACUACGCCACCGCCAUGGAGGCGGCGCUCAAGGUCAAGGAGGUGUCGUACAUGCACAGCGAGGGCAUCAACGCGGGCGAGAUGAAGCAUGGCCCGCUGGCGCUGGUGGACGACAAGCUGCCCAUCGUGGUCAUCUCCACCAUGGACACCAUGCACUCCAAGAUGGCGGGCGUCAUCCAGCAGCUCAUGGCGCGCAACGGGCGCCUGAUUGUGGUGGCCAACGAGGAGGACGACGAGAUGGUGGACAUUGUGGCGGGCAAGUACCCCAUCGUGCAGGUGCCGCGCGUGGACGACGCCAUCCAGCCCAUCAUCAACAUCAUCCCGCUGCAGCUGCUGUCCUACCACCUCACCUGCCUGCGCGGCUACAACGUGGACCAGCCCCGCAACCUGGCCAAGAGCGUGACGGUGACAGAGGAGUGA